AUGCAAGGAAAUGUUGAUAAUUUCGACAGCUACUUCUUCAAAUACUGGUACAUGUUCGCCCAUAUGUACUUUGGUGAUGUCAACACCCACGAUUUCGAAGUUUUCCCCCACAUUUUCUUGAACUACGAGACCAUGAUGCGUGAUCCUAUGUUCUACAUGUUCUACAAGAAGAUUGCCUCCGUCUACUUCCAAUUCUUCAACUAUGUUAAGCCUUACAUUCACGAAGAACUGUUGUUCCCUGGUGUCACCAUCAAGGAUGUUAAGGUUUCUGAAUUGAUUACCUACUUCGAUUUGGUAGACUUUGAUGUCACCAACUUGUUGAGCGAUAAGAUGACUUUUGUUGAUGGUCAGUUCGUUUGGGACAAGACCUUGUUGGCUCGUCAAAUGCGCCUCAACCAUAAACCUUUUGACUUUGAAUACACAGUUGAAUCUGACAAAUCGCAAAAGGUUGCUGUACGCGCCUUUUUGGGUCCCAAAUACGAUGAAUUCGGCCGUGUCAUCUCUUUGUCUAAAAACCGUGCAAACUUCAUUGAAAUAGAUAGUUUCAUCUACAAUCUUACCUCCGGUGUCAAUGUACUUAAACGCACUUCCAGAGAAUUCUUCUGGACUAUUGAAGACCGCACUACCUACACCGAAAUGUACAAGUACGUCAUGCUUGCUUUAGAUGGAAAUUACGAUUUCCCCUUGUACAUUAGUGAACCCCAUUGUGGUUUCCCUGAUCGCCUGAUUUUGCCCCGUGGUUGGUACAAGGGUAUGCCAAUGCAAUUCUUUUUCUAUGUCUCUCCAUUCACCGCUUCCUACGAACCCUACUCUACUUAUGACUACACCUAUUCUUGCGGUAUUGGUUCUGGUGUUCGUUACAUCGAUGAAAUGCCUUUCGGCUAUCCUUUCGAUCGUGAAAUCGACGAAUACGAAUUCUUUGUACCCAACAUGUACUUCAAGGAUGUCAAGAUCUAUCAUAAAGAUUCUUUUGAGAAGUACUACGAGCAAAAGUAUGAAAAGUUUGGUAAUUUUGAUUACAAAUUAUACCACGAAUUAUAGAGAUGUUUAUGGUGUUUAGUAAAAUUAUAUAUUUGAAUAAUAAAUAUGUCGAUACUUGUAACAAA